CUGUGACGCACUAGUUGGAGAACGUAGCUUUAGAGGAAGCACUUUGUAAACAAGCUUGUUCUCAUCCAUUGUUUGUCUUAAUCUUUUACAAUUAAUUAACAUUAAGUCUUCUAACCCGAAAGAACAUAAGUACGCGAAUAAUCUUGUUUAACAUCAGGUGAAUUAAUGAACCUGGAGCUUAACUACAAGCUGUAGUUAGCUGUUAGUUAUGGUGAAGCUAGCAUGGUAGCUGCUGGUUGCUAUGGAUGCGUUCAGUAUCGUUGAGGAUGAAGUGGCUCUGGAGGGUCUGGACGGGAUAACCAUCUCCUCUCUGUGGAUCCGACUAGAAGAUAGGAAGCCCAAGUUUCCCCUCAAGCUCGACGACUCCACCAAGGAGCUCCUCUGGAGGUAUCUGAUCAGCAACACCGACCUGAAGGUCUAUCAACUCCCGAAGGAGAGAGAUGACGUGCUGCUGUUAGACAGGUUUAAAGACAUCGACCCAGAAACAGGCAUUGAAACAACACAGAAGUUUUGUGACACACGGAAAGACGUCUACCCGAUCCAAAUUAUUCUAGAAAACAAGAGUGGGAUACAGGGCUCAUGUGCACUCUUCAAAGAGAGGACAGACAUCACUAAGCAUGUCCGCUCCAAAUCCUUCACCCCAGUAAUCAGCUUGAAGGAGGCUUUGGAAAGAUAUGGCCGAAAGCUUGUUGUUGUGGCGUCUCAGACGCUGCGAUUCAAGACCCUGAUUGGUGUCGAGAGCGAUCCUGAUUUGAAACUGAACGACGACUCUUACUGUGUGUUGGAACGAGUGGGCCGAGCUCGAUGGCAAGGAGAGCUCCAGAGAGAUUUGCACGGAUGCUCUUUCAAGAUCGAUGCUCGAAAGUUGCACUACAUGAGGAAGUCUCUUGUCAAAUAUGGACUCAUCAGCAUGCAGUCUCACGUCACUCGAGUGAAUUCAGGACAACAACAACACUCCAUUCUUCUGCUGCUCAAACGCUUCCAUGUAAACAGGAGGUCUAAGUAUGACCUACUGAUGGAGUACGUGUCCAACCUCCUCCAGCAGUCGCCUGGUCAGUUCGCCACUCUGCUCACACUCAAAGAACAACUCAGUAAUGUGGAUGACCGUACUUUUAAGCGCGUAUUUCAAUACAUGCGAACUGCCAAGGUGGUUGAGUACUGCCAGUACCCUCUGGAGGACUUGGAUCCCGGCGCCGGGCCCUGCACCAACAAAAAAGGGAAUAAAGUGACCGUUCGCUGUGUGAAACUGUUGAAGCCGUACACGAGGAAGGGCGUUGCUGACGAUGACGACGAUGAGGACGAGGAUGAUGAAGAUGACUCUGGAGGGAGAAGAAGAGCUCUCCUUUCAGAGGGGCGAAUCAUGGAGAACGAUGUCCUGUCGCAGGCCUAUCACAUUGUGUUGUCCUGUGGUACAAAGGGAAUCCCCCAGCGUAGUAUCGGGUUAAGGAUGAACGUCGGUAAGCUGGAAUCUCGUAUGAUCUGCCGAAGGCUGGAGAGGGACGGUGUGAUAAAGGGAUUCAUGGUGGACGAGGGUCGGCAGAGGACGACAAAAUUCAUCAGCCAUACGUGUGUUGGUGUGAGCAAUCAACUCCAGCUGUUUGCCAAGGAGCAGGAACGGCAGAAGCUUCUCUACUCUUCUGCACCACAGAUAUCAGACGCUGCACCUCCCACCCCUAAAACACCAUCAACCUCUAAGAAAACGGCAAAAGCUCGUGCAGGAAAGAAGAUCCGAAAAGCAGGCGGAGGAGGAGACAAGGAUGCAGAGGAGGCCGGGCAGAUGUGUGGUGAUGAAGAGGUGAAUACAGCAAAUGAAGGGUUGGAUGGAGAGGGAGGAAAGUCAGGAGCAAAAAGAAAGACGAAAAGCAGUGUGAAGACUAAUCAGACACAACCUGAGAUCCCCAUCGUACAACCUACACCAGCUGAAUGUGAAACUCCAGCCAGCAGCAAAUCCACGUCCAGCAUGACACCUGAGUCAGCAUCCACUCCCAGAGCAGAACAAGCUGGAGGUGAGGAGGAAGAAUCCAACUCAAGUCCUGCCAGCACUUUGCUUCAGAGUGAGGCGUUGGAUGAACCCAAUAGCCCAACGGACAACAACAUUGUGGUUGUUAAAGAUGUUUGCAAGCCGGCCCCGCCGCGUAAAAAGUCCAGAUGGUAUGUGGAGAGGUCUCAUGAGACGUACCGCCUGUUGAGGAGGAGGAACCUGAUCAUUGAAGCGGUCCAGAACCUCAGAAUCAUCGAGGGUCUUUUCCCGCUACAGAAGAUAAUCAAUGAUGACGAGAAGCAGGACGGAGUCAGCUCAAAGUGUUGCAGGAAGACUAUUCUACGUCUCGUCGACAGUCUGUCUAGAGAAGGCAUACUGAAGGUUUACAAGACCACCAUCAUACAGGACGGGAUCACCAAGAAUCUUGAGAUGGUCGUUCAUCCGUCCAUUCAGCCCAACGAUGAAAUGGUGAACCGAAUCAUUGAACAGGUCCGCUUCAGAAUCUCCAGCUCCUACACAGCUGUACGUCUGCAGCACGCUGAAGAGAAAGCCAGAGAACACGAGGAUAUGACCGGCAGCCCUUCUAAAGGCCUGAAGAGAGAGAAGAGCAAAUCUGACGAGUUCAAGCCCACAACAGUCCGGGGAUUGGGGAAGACCUUUGGCUUCCAGCCUAAGAUGCAUCGCCUGCGUCUCGUUCAUAACUUCCUCUGGUACCUGAUAUACGGACACCCGAACAGACACAACUCCACCGACUCCCACUCGACCAGUCAAACGCCAGCAGACCUACACAGCUCUGAUCCCGACGCCAAACACGUGAAAGACUCCACAAACACAAACGGACAAACGCAGUCGUCUGAAAAAGAUGCCUCCGGCUCUGCGGACCAACAAACUGCAGAUUCUGCAUUGUCUAACUUGGAUGUGACAUUAUCAUCAAGUGAUGAAGAGGAGGAGCUGAAAGAGAAGUCGACACCUCGUCGCUUUCAGUCUGACUGGAAAGUGUACGCUCAUGAAGAGUCAUGGAAGAAAUUCGUGCCUCCUGUCCGUGUACACAAGGAGUUUGGCAGCGGCUGGGCGAUGGUCGGCGACCUGCUCCUCUGCCUUCCUCUCUCCAUCUUCAUUCAGGUCAUACAGAUCAAUUACAAGGUGGAAGGACUGGAGGAUUAUCUCAACGACCCUGUGAAGCAACACCAUCUUAUCAGAUCGCUGCCCGCCAGAAUGAGAAGACAGCUGCUCUUUAAACGGAAAUACAUCUUCUCAUUUCACGAGAACCUGCAGAAGUUGACCUACAUGGGUCUGAUGCAGUUUGGUCCUGUGGAGAAGUUCAAGGAGAAAGAUCAGGUGUUUCUGUACUUGAGGCGCAAUGCCACCAUUGUUGACACCGUCAGCGCUGAGCCUCACUACUGGCUGGUCACAGAGUCACCUGACAAACCAUUUGAGAGGCGCCAGUACACAUUGAACACCGCUGAAGACGUAGAAAACUACUGGUUUGACCUGAUGUGUGUCUGCCUCAAUACACCACUGGGGGUAAUCCGCAAUAAGAGAAACGCAGAUGCAGAAUUUGAUCCUUCCUUUGUGCAUGAACGCAACGUGUUUGUGGGACUGGCAUACCUGCUAAAGGGCUCUCGUGAAAUGUGUGACGACGGCUCAAUACCAGGAGACGGUAAAGGAGCAGCAGGUCUGGACUCUGAGUUCUUUGCUCAUCUUAAACGCAACUGGUUGUGGACAAAUCACCUUCUCAAGGUCAAAACGAUCCCGAGUGGUUUAGAGGCGGCGGAGAAUAAAAUCCGACUAAAGAGCCUGCUGAGUAGAAAUGCUCUCAGGAUUGCACUUAAAGCUGGAGGAACUACUACACCUCGAUAUCUGACUGCCAAGCGAUCACUGAUGACAGAAACUAUUGAGGUGGAUUUUGAGCCCGCUUCCAGAAACCAGAAGGUGGUCGGAGGAAAGAAACAGAAGAGGAAGAGAAGCAAAAAGGAGGUUGUCAAGGCCCCACGCAAGAAGAAGAAAGAGCCAAAGAAACGCACCCCUGCUCACGACGAGGCGGACCACCGAGCUUUGAAAAUGAUGACCCGACAGAGAGUUUGCUGGUCUAUACAGGAAGACUCUCUGAUGAUGCUCUGCAGCGUGGCCGCACAUCUGCUCAACAGCAAGUUAAAAAGGCCAUUCGUACCGUACUGUGUGGUGAGAGACCUGCUCCACGCAGAGUUUGAGAUAGCGAUGGAUAAAACAUCCGUCGCUGUCGGGCGUCGCACACGAUACAUCCUCAAAAAUCCUCAGACGCUUCUGAACUACAGGAUCUGUCUGGCUGAGGUGUACCAGGACAAACCUCUGAUGAGUCUGUUGGAGGAGAAGAAGCCUGCUGAUCCAGACAGUGCAGAUGAUUGUGGAAAAUCGUUCUCUGAAUAUACGCGGCUGCUCAGACAGAAGUUCAGCUCUGUUCUUCUUGCUCGUGAUAUGAUCAUAUCCGACUCAAAACAGCAGCUCUUCUCACGGUUCAAGGUUUCGGCAAUAGAACAUGGAAACCGGGUGUCAUCGACAGACACUCUCACCUGCACAGAUGAUAUUCAUGCCAUAGUGUUGCAUAACUUGAUCCAGAGCACUCUGGCCAUGACCAACUGUCAGAUGAAGUCGUCUAGAUCCUUUCAGACCUUCCACAUGUACAGUAAGUACAACCAGGAGCUGCUGUGCCAGGUGUUCAUACAGUGCAGGAAGAGGGGUCUGGUCAACCGCCGGCGUAUCAAUCAGUUUGGGCCGAAGAAGAACCGAGCGCUGCCCAUCCUGCCCAUGUCCUACCAGCUGUCCCAGUCCUACUACAGGUGUUUUUCGUGGCGUUUUCCUCACUCGCUGUGCACCGAUUCCUUCCGCUUCUUGAGGAGUCUAAUUAACAACAAGAUGGAAGACGACCGACCCGUCACUGCGUUCUACCAUGAAACCGAGAACAGGUCAGAGAACGGCGAGGAUGUGAUUGAGAAAAGAGCGGGGUCAGAGAGGACAAAAAAACAAAGCAAAAAGAAAGAAGACGGAGGAAGACCAGCAGUGAGUGAACCAGAGAUACAACCAGAGAAGGAAAACAGUGAGUCCUCAAAGGAAGGAGAGAACGACCAAAGUAAAAUGGAAGGAGAGGAGAAGCUGAAGGAGGUGAACGACGACAAGGCUGAGGCGACGAGCAAAGCGGAUGAACAGAAAGACCCAGAAGAUUGCCUCACAGCUGGUUGUGGUGAAGAUCCAUCCAGCAGAGAGCAGACUGACGAUCACCUGCCCAAAGAAGAGCCACCAGAAGAGGCUGCUGCCUCAAACGCAGCAGCUCGAGCUCCAGAGGAGCCUCCAGAUGUGUCGGACAUGAUGCGGUUCUCUAUGGACUCUCCAGGUGGAGCCUGUGUGGUCUCUCUCGGCCUGAUGUCUCUGGGCCUGCUGAGUGUCUACAUGUCCAUACCUAAACAGAUGGUGGUGGUGGACAGCAACCUGGUGGACAACGAUGUAGUCAAGAAUAUGGCAGCUCUGGAAGAAGAGGACGAUGAUGAAGAGGACGGUGAGGAGUUUGAGGGGAGAAAAAAACUAGAAGUGAAGGCACAUCAGGCGUCUCACACCAACUACCUGAUGAUGCGCGGAUACUGCUUUCCUGGAAUAGUCAAAAUCCGUAACCUCAACACCACUGAUAACAUCGUGGUGGAGUCGUGUAUUAUGAGGCUGCAACUACGCAACACACCUGCUCACAACGUGUUCAGCAUGGACGACUCUCCACCACUGGACUUGACUAAAUGUGGUCCGUCCCUGCUGCCCUCCAUCCUCACCUACUCCACCCGCUCCUCCUCAUCCUCUCCAAACAGUGUGAAGGAGUGUGAGAGCCGUUUGGUUCAGCAAAGAGGAUACACUCCUCAGGACAUUGACGCGUGUGCUCAGCUCAGGAGGAGCUUAAAUGCAGCUGGUGAGAAUGGUUUGGAUACACACGAUCUCUACAAGACUCAUCUACACCUGGAGGAGCCACGGUCUGGACGCACCAGGAGCCUGCAGCAAUACAUGAAGGAGUUACAAGAAGAAGGCCAGGUGUUAAAAGUCGGGAGUUUGGGCGUCCGUUGGGUGCUCAUGCAGCACGCCGAUCCGUGGCUGCUGACCGUAAACACCAAGCAAUGGUCCCAGUCACGCUUCACAUCUGACAGACUCCCCUUUUUGGAGAAAGAUCACAACAUCCCCUUCAUGCGCAAGAGACCCAGGCGAGAUGUCCGACCCGGGGCCGGGGAACCGCCAGCCAAAAAAUCGUCUAUGGACAAACAAGAAGGCGAGGAAAGACGGGACGUAGAGGGGUUGCCGAGUGAUGUAACAAGAGAGAAACUGAAUGAAGAAGAGCAGCUGGAAAAGCAGAAAGAGAGGGAAGGUGAGGGAAGUGGAGACAAAUUGUUGAACUUGGAAGGGGAGGGAGGAAAGCCGAUGCAGCCGGAAGAGGAAAGAGAGCAGGAGGCAGGGCAGGAGGCAGGGCAGGAGGCAGGGCAGGAGGCAGGGCAGGAGGCAGGGCAGGAGACAGGGCAGGAGGCAGGGCAGGAGACAGGGCAGGAGGCAGGGCAGGAGGCAGGGCAGGAGGCAGGGCAGGAGGCAGGGCAGGAGACAGGGCAGGAGACAGGGCAGGAGGCAGGGCAGGAGACAGGGCAGGAGACAGGGCAGGAGACCCUGAAAAGGAGACUUCGUAGAUGCAGAGCGGACAGUAGAGACGAUGAAAGAGAGGAAGAAGCGUGCUCUCCAUCAACAGCUGAUAAUGAUGUGAACGUGAGUUUCAUCAGCCGGCCGUGGCGCAUGGUCGACGGCAAUCUGAACCGGCAGGUGUGUAAAGGCAUGCUGGAGGCCAUUCUGUACCACAUCAUGCACCGACCCGGACUCACGCAGCAGACGCUGGUGGAACAUUACCAAAAUGUGUUGCAGCCAAUGGCGGUGCUGGAGCUGGUGCAGGCGCUCAUGGACAUGGGCUGUGUGACGAAGAAAACUCUGGUUAAAGCUCCUAAACCCUCGCUGUUCGCCCGCCGCUCUGUGUACCAGACAAGCAGCGAGACCAAAGCGAAGAUUGAGGAACCAGACGCGGUGUAUUACGAGCCCACCAUCAGCUGCUGCCUGCGGCUCGGCCAGAUGUUACCCAACGAACGUCACUGGAACUACUGCCUCCCGUGAAAGUAAUCAUGGACCUUACCUGCUAUCACGUUGGGUACAUCAUGAGGCUUUUCAAGUUUAAUUUUACAAAAUGUUUCAUGUCAUCAGGUUCUUUGACAGAUUUCACUUCUGGUUUUACAGAACAAGGAUGUAUUUUUUUUUUUUUGUCAUUUUUUGUCUUUGAAUUAAAAUGAAUAAGUCUGUGUUCCUUUUUUGUAUGCUGAAUAGCUUUGAAAUUAUUAAUAAAAGUGUAUUACAUUACA